GCGCUUGCCAAAGGGUGCAAGCUCCGCUCCUGUGCUCGUUUCAAGACCAGUGGUGGACAAAAAGAGAUCGCCUGUCGCUGUCGCAGAAAUCCUGAAGAGCGCAACCUUCAGCGUUAGCCAGCGGCACAGCGGUCCCCUCAGUGCAGCCUAAAACCGCUGCCGUGCGACGGGCCUCGACCAGUAAGGACCGGUAACGGCCCUAGCGCAUCGCCGCAGCGCGCGCAAAGCACAGAUAAAAUAUGGAGGACGACUCCGUCCAGGCCUUCGACGACACGGUCGACGAGCGCUUCUACGACGAGCGCCGCGAGCGCGCGCAGCGGCGGCAGCGGAAGCGCUACCACGCCGUCUACGUCGCGCCGAAGUGGCGCGCCGAGCUGCCAAGCACGACCAACGACGAAGACUCGGACGACGGCGAAGGGAGACAGAACCGCGGAUUGCUCUUAUGCGGCAUUUACGAACGGAAGCGCGACGCCGACGCGGCGGCGGACGGCGUCGGGGAGUUGAUUUUGAGGAUGUUCCGCGGGACGGAUUCGAGAGAUGGCUCCUGGGCCCUGGCGCAUUCCCUGCCGGCCGAGAUCUUGGGUCUGGUGCGAUCGUACGGCUCCGCGGGCGACAUUGAGUUGAGGGAGAUGGGCCCGGGCCUCCAGAAGGAGUUAAGAAGCUGCUGUUGUACAAUGUUGGAUCGGGAACGGAGAAGAUACGCGAAUUCGCUGCGGUAUAUGACGCCGUCGUUAGUCCUGAAGGCUCUGAAGGUCGCGGAGUUGACUCCGGUCAUGUCCUGCGCCGAGGCGGGCGUCGACCUCCGGGCGCUGGGCCAGGACGAGCUCGAGGCGAGAUUAAGUGAGGCCGUCGCCGCGCGCGACGGCGGCGAGGGCGAGGCCAGGUCCGAGGCCCGGCGCGAGGGUGCGGUGGGCCAGGACCGCGCCGUCGCGGCCAUGAUGAUUACUCAGCUCGGCGCGCUCAUCGGCGAGUGCGACGCCGAGAUCCGACGGCGCGCCGAGGGCGGUUCCUAUGGUCAUGGGUCGCUGAUCGCAGAUGGGUCGUUGGUCGAGGACGGCCCGGGCGAGCGGCCGUCUUUGCGAGCCAUCCUCGCGGACCGGAACCUCGUCAAGCUCGACCGGUGGCUCCAGGGCCGUCCGUCCCCGGCGGUGCUCGCGCGCCUCCUGCACCAGGAAAAAAAGUUCGCUCUCGCGCGGGGCAAUGACGAUUCCGGCAGCGACGACGACGACGACGGCUACCCGCGGUGUUCAUUGGUCGAAUCGACGGGCCCCGUGUGCAGCGUCCACGUCGCGCCGGUCGCGGCGCCCAGAGGGGCGGCGCGCGGCCGCCCCUUUGCCAUUUUAGGAAGACACGACGAGUGCGGGAACGGCGAGGGAGACGACGACCGCUGGCGUUCUAGGGUGCUCGGCCUCGCGUUCGGCGAAUCGAAUGUAAUGGACGCGGUCCGCGACGAAUUGCUGUACGGCGUCAAGGACGAGCUCAUGGGCUCGAGCGACUGGUGGGGCGGCAUGGUCCUCGCGCCGACGCAGCCGUGGCCGCACCGCGUCGACGCCGAGGCGCCCCAUUCGGUGCUAAGCUUCUACGAGGAGGCCGUGCCACCGGAGGUGCUCUUUGGGGCCGAGGCGCCACCUUUGGAAGCUCUGGCGUCCGGGCGCGCGCUGAAGGCGGCGCUGCCCGAGAACGACGCGCAGGAGAUACCGGACACGGUCUUCGGCGGCGUCGCGCUAGGGGAGCGGGAGUACGCCAUGCCCAGUUUUCCAGCAGGGCCACGGGGAGACAUGCACGACAUGGCGCAGCCGUUCUUCGUCUGGGCGCAGCACGAGCGGAUCGCGCGCGGCUACCUCUUCGGCUCCGACCCGCACGAGUGCUUCGUGGACAACUUCCUGACCUGGGCCGAGCCCGUCCGCUUCCACCCGAAGCCGAAGCCGGUCCGCAAGCCGGCCGCGAAGAAAAGGCUGCCCACGCGCAAGCCAGCUGCGAAACGGCGGAAGAGGUAA